CUUAAUUAUAAUAAUUGUUCCCAUUAUGCCAAUCGCGUCCUUUUCAUAAAAGUAGGUCACUACACUACAAAUCUGAAUCUGGAAUACAAUCUCCUCACAAGGCGGCUAGUUCAGAAUUGAAGGUCAAGUUUUAAAAUAUGGCACGUGGUCAACAAAAGAUUCAAAGUCAACAGAGAAAUGCUAAAAAACAAGCUGAUUUAAAGAAACCCGCUAUUGAUUCAAAAAAAGCUGCUGCUAAAGCACUUCAUCAUACAUGUCCUGUAUGUAAAACACAAGUACCUGAUGUAAAAACAUAUAAACAACAUUUUGAAAAUAAACAUCCAAAAAAUCCAUUACCACAAGAAUUACUUGAAGUUGUUUAGGUCAUCAAUAAUUGAAACAAGAAGAUUCAUUCACGUCAAACUAUUUUUAAUUUCCCCCAACUGUAAAUUAUAAUCAUUAGUGUUUUCUAAAAUAAUGUAUUAAACAUAUAUUUUAACUGUUUUCUAAUUAACUGACUAAAAGUGUAUUCUGGUUUUCAUUUUUAAAUGUAGAGUAUAUAUAUAUUCGAUGGAAGGAUUCACUUUCGACCAGACAGUGACUCGAGAUCGUUUAGAUAGAACAGAGCUUCUACCAUGGGCGAGCUACUGUAUAAGUUAGAAAAUAAGAAUACACAAAUGUAAGAAUAGAAGAGAGUAGAUAAGUGAUGUAGUUUGAAAAAAAUUUAAAAAUGAAUGUGAAUUGUCGGAAUUUUAAUUGAAGCUAGAAUUGUAUUUCCAAUAUUAAUUGUCGUUUUGUUUGCUUUGUGUAUGGGCUGUAAUACUCCCCGAGUGCUUAGACCGGAGCAGGCGGUUUUCUUAAGGGACCGAACCCGGAGCCAGGCAUUCGCUUUUCGUGUCGUCAAUUUCGUAAACAACAUCCCUGCCUCGAGGUAUUGAGUAGGACUUACCUGAGAGUAAUUGUAUGCAUGUGGUCAUGUGAGAGCAUUUGGA